AUGGCCAUCAAGAGGUGGGUUGAAUCGUAGUCCUCCAGUACCCUCGCUAUAUCGCCGCAACAGAGGAGAGCAGGCUGGAUCUAGAAGCGCUGACUUUGGUGGCUGUACACGUCGGACACGAACUUGGGUGCUGCAAAUCCACGCCGGACAGGAAACUGCCGCGAAUCGAUUUCGAUGACGAACCGAAAGACAAACUUUCCAGGACAUCUGUCGACCCAGCCACGUUGAUCGAAUCGGAUGGGACCACUGGUGAGCUACCACUUCGCCCGACUGGAACCGGCCCCUGUAAAUCAAGUUGGGCUGAUGGUCCAGUCGACGAUCGCGCACAUCUUGUCUCUGCAAUGUCCACUUCCUCACAGCUCAAAAAGCUGCACCUCAACAACAAGCUCUUCGAACGCGUAUUUAUCCACACGUUCCGGGGCAAUGGCCUUCGCACGUGUUCAUCACCAGUAGGUCGAGACAUCCCUGGGCCGCUGCCUCUGUGAAGGAGUGCUGACAUAGUCUUGCCCCUCUACAUGGACUGUCAGUCCAAGCUACAGAACCUCUCAAGCGCAUUAUCCAACGUUGCAUCGCUCGGAGUCGAACACUGGCCACCGCCGCGAGCAACGAAUCUGCCGUCUCCCGUGAGAGCAUCGUCCCACUCUUAUCGGAGUCGUACCUCGCGGGCAAGCCUGGCCUAUCCGCUUCGUCUUCGGCACAGAAGGAAGAGAAGAAGCAAGACGAGCUACACUUGAGUCUUUCUAGGCCGUUGAUGUUGAUGACAAACCAACGGCAGGCACUGCUGGAUGGAGUCCGGAAAGCGGCGCAGGUCAUUGAGCCGUGAGUGAUUUUUUCCUGCGAUUGCCUAGCACGUGGGACGAGCGAAUGCUGAUUCCAACCAAGUCAACGCUGGCAGGUUUCAAGCUAGGUACGCGACCUUUGCCGUCUUGGAAAAUGAUGAAUGCACCACUCGAUUCUUGGGCAUCGAAAUCGGUAAUGGCUGGGACCAUGUGAGUGGACCACAUUUUCGCUCGUUCCAAUUCGGCCUCUGCACCCUUCUCUGACCUCGAAUAUUACUUCACGUUGUAAGAUGAAUCGAUUGACCAGGUUGAUCGACCAGACUGUGAUCUCGCUCCGUCUCGAACCUUACUAUCCGCAACCCCGAUUCCACACCUCGAUCGCUUGGACGGCCCUCACCUCAUCGAGGCGCUCCGACCAAGACACUCUCGGAACAGCAGUACUUCCUUUCGACGACGGAGCUCUUCAGCACAUGAAUGAUGAUUUGGGAAGAGAGUUGAGAACUAUCCCGAUCGACGUGAAGCAGAUCGAUGUCAAGAUCGGCCCGAAAACUACAACGUUCGAAUUGGGUCGAGGGUGAACUCGAGUGGCUCUCGCGGUUGUCAAGCCCAGGGCGGAAAGUGGACAUCGACGGAGCUGGCAUCCACGAGUGCUGCUCGAGUGCUAUGUCAUGCCCGGUGGCUCGCUAACAGCACGCUGUGAGUGAUAAUCAACCCCAAGGAGAUCCCCUCGAAUCACAUUGGAGGCGAUCGCACUGAACUGCAUUCCUCACAGUCUGUCGCAUCCUUUUCCAAGUAUGGGCAUCGUGCUCUUGACAAAGGCCAAAUCCUGUCUCCCGAUCACCCUUCUGGGGUCCGUCGAGAAUGCACCCAGCACAAACACCUUCUCGUCACCCCCGCUUGCCAGCCCCGUCAGCGGAACCGACCUUGUUGGCAAGCGAAAAAUCAAACCCGAUGCGACUUCGUCGUCCUCUCGAGUUGUUGAAGGAGCAAGCUGCCCGGAAGAAGGUGAGGAGCGAUUGUAG